CAGAAAAGAAAUGGUUAUACGACAAUGUUUGAUAAAACUUACCCCCUCUUUUCAUUUGUCAAAUGAAUUCAAUACUUGUUAAUGUGAAUCAAAACUGUGUUGACAAACUCUUUUUCCCCUUUAAAUAGUGCUAUAUAUGCUUAUCUAUUCUGACCGACAUGGUGCAGAACAAGUGGUAGAUGUUCAAGUCUAUUAACCAUUUUGUCGAGGGUUUGAUCCCUUGACGGGAUGUGUAGGAAAACAUGUGUUAGGAGAGGUCAACCCUUUAACUGGGUCUCGGUUACCUCGAGGGAUUAGUUCCGUAGUUGCACGUAGGGAUGUCUUUGUUUUACAAAAAGAAUAGUCUCAAUUGUUGUGAAUUUGUGAUACUUUGAACUGAUCUUAUUCUCCCAUGUCUACUAAUAAACUUGGUCAAGCACUUGUUCAACUAGUAUAAGUCCAAUCUAAUCACACUCACAACAUGCAAAAGCAAUAUAGCUUAGCUCCAUAGUACUAUUUAGCAUUCGAUGUCCUAAUGUAACUUGAUGCUUGAUGAAACAUUUAACAAACAUGAGGCAUGUUCCAAAAUGAUUUUGUAGGGGAUCAAUUUUUGAAAAUUAUACAAUUUAGAGAUUCAUGUGUAUUCUUUCCACUUCAAUUGUUGUCUCAUACAUGAGUAUUCUUUUCUUGCAGUCCAAAUGCCACACAUGAUUUUUACUGGUCUUGAAGAUUACAAGGCUAGAGGAACACAAGCAUCUCCUUACAUUACUGUGUCCUUUUACACAGAAUUUGCAGAGAGCAAGGACUUGGUACUGAUCCGUGGGGAUGUUGUAUUUACCAGCAAGCUGACAGACUCAGAGGCGAAAUGGCUUUUGGAAACUGCUCAGUCUUUUCAUUUGAAUGAUGCGAGGUACAAACUGGUUGAGAGGUUCAAUAAAGAUACGCCUGAUUUUGAGUUCAAGGAUGUCUUGCAAUCAUUGGACGUGCCUAUUUUAUAACCAUUUUCAAUUGAACAACAACUCAACUAGUUUAUACCAUGGUCAUUUGGGAGAGGGAUUUUCAUAUAUUGUUUAUACCAUGGUCAUGGGACAAGAAGGGUAGUCUUGGACUGAACUUUCUAUUAUAGCCUUAGAACAAAUCUUUGUUUUCCUUUUUUGCUGAACAUUCCUUUUCUACUUUCAAUAAAGAGAUCUUCGAUUGAAAUUUUGCCUGAAUGUGUUCAUUUGUAGUGUAUUAUGUACUGUAACAAUGAGUUUAUUUGGAUAAAUAAUU